ACCGUGUUGGAGAAGUAUUUAAAUCAACGCAUGCAAGACCAUGUAAGUCACCAGAGCAAAUCAGUGCUUGUGUUUGAGAACUGCCCAAACAUCCCGCAAGUUCGGAUCUUUUGAUUCCACAGACCAGCCUCAAACACUUUCAGUUGUUAUGCCUCAGUUGGGCUCAACCCGGGAGUAUUAACUCAUGGUGUGAACGUUGUACCGGGCCGGACUUCGAUCCGGCCCCCCGCGCGGAACCGGCACAGGGGACGAUGCAGGGAUACCUGCCAGUGCCGAUGGUCCCCAUCGUGCCCAUGCAGGUGCCAGGGCAGGUGCCGCAGAUGGUGCCGCAGAUGGUGCCGCAGGUGGUGCCGAUGCAGGUGCCGCAGAUGGUGCCGCAGGUGGUGCCGCAGGUGGUGCCGCAGGUGGUGCCGCAGGUGGUGCCCAUGAGCGAGGAAGCCUUGCGAGAAGCCGUGCUCUUGGAGACCUUAGCGAGACUUUUGAGGGAGAAGAUUGGCACAGCAGGGCAGCCGGCUUCAACGCCUCAGCUCGCGUUGCCCGCACCCGUCGACGCGGACUCCAGCGCGGACUCCGGCGCGUUGCCUCCCUGGCGGCAGAAGCCAGAGGAUCUACCACCGUCUUCGGUGGAGAAAGUGGAAGCACCGCUGGAAAAGUUCAUCCGGGUCUUUAAACUGGAUGAGCUGGCGGCGAAAUGCCUUUUAAAGCUACAAGAUGAUGAAGCUGCCUUUGUCAUUGAGUCAUGCCAACAUCGGCUGAAGCACGCCAAGAACCCUUCUGCUGUGGUGAUGAUUGCCAUCAAAGGAGUCGCGGCCAAGGUGGGCCGCAGAUACUAUGGCAGUCGCGAGACGGCCGAAGCUGGUCAAACACAAGCCUCUUCCGAGCUGAAGAUGAUCGGCGGUUCGCCCGAGGACGAGCUCGCAGACGAGGACGUGGCGCAGAGUGAUCCCUACCUGAUGGUGGCGGAUGAGGAGGAAGAAGAGGAAGAGGAAAAGGUGGUGGAUCAAGAGGUAGAGGCACCAAGUGACGGCCCCCCGGCCAAGCGCCCGAAGCUCACGGGGUCGGAGACCGCUCCGCUCCCCACGACUUCUUCUCCGCCGGCGGAGAAGCUCACGGUGGAGGUGCUUACGGAAGAUCCGCCUGAGGAGGACGAGAAUCCGGAGGCCUUGUUCUUCGUGGACACUGGCCCGACCGGCGCGUAGGACUUCCUGGAGAACAUGAUUCCACCCGGUGGCUUCCUCAAGCUUUCCAGACCCUGGGCGAUGCUGCAGACGUCGACGCCCAUGCCUGCCAGUCUGCCGAUCAAGAUGGAGCUUUGCGGUCCGGUUUCGCGGCGACAGAAGGAGUAGAGGCCAAGUGCCGCAUCAAAGUAUGCAGAAGAAAAGGAUGUGCCGA